CUCGUUGUACACAUUCAGCUCCCAGACACUAUCUGAUCUUCAGAAGUUUCGUUUUGCUAGUGCGAGAGCAACAUCCAUGCAAGCAGUGAUAUACGUCAUUGACAAGCAGUCAUACCAGGUAGUGGCAGAGUCCAAAGGGCCCGUGACUUCUAUUGAAGAUCUUAUUGAAGAACUCCCAGAUAACACACCCAGGUAUGUGGUGCUUUCCUAUCCUAUGAAACUACUGGAUGGAAGAUUGAAAAGUCCUCUUGUUUUGGUCUACUGGAGACCCCCUACGUGCGGGCAAGAGAGCAAAAUGCUCUACGCGGGAGCCGUAGAAUUGAUGAGAGAAAAAGCUGGAGUAUCUCAAUUAAUCGAAAUUGAUGACGAAGAGGAUUUCGAAGACAUUGAGACAAGAUUCCAUUAGUUCCUCGGCCUGCGGACCCAGGCUAUAAUCGCGCUCUAGGUAGAUCAGCUACUGCUGAGUAAAACUGAGACCAUAUUCUAAUGCGAGUCGUUGCCCAGCUCGCAGUCGUGCGAGGCACACGCGCGCUUUGAAAAUUUUUUAGCCAUAUAUAGCCGUGUCAGUCCGCUCAUCUCUCCCUGUUUUAUAAUACAACCAAAAAAAAAUCAGCAAC